AAAGAGAAGAAUAGAAAAAUCUCUUCGUUUCUGCAAAAUCGCGAACCUCUGCAAAUCCCUCCCCCAAAUCGUUCCUCGGCGACGCGAAUCUACCGGCGUACCACGCGCGGCCACUCUCAGCUCGUCGGCGAGGGAAACUCCGCGGCCUUCCUCUUUCUGAAUUUCGAAGAAACUAUGUUCUCUGGAUUGAAGUUCAUACCACGGGAUCAUAUUGAUGAAGAAGAAGAUGGAAAAUCCUACAGCUCAAGAAAAAAGACAAGAAAAUCAGGACGUCCCAAGGAAAAACUUGGAAAGAAAAGUAAACAUUCCUGUUAUAGUAGUUCUGAUGAUGAAGGCCUUGAAAGAAUAAAGAGUGGAUCUAGAAAGAAAAAGAAGUGGUAUGAUCCAAAUGAGGAUUUGUCUUCAUUUUCUGAUGAAAGUGACAGCCAAAGUGAAGAACAUGAUCAAAAGAGACAUAAGAGUCGAAAAGAAGAAAAGAAGAAACAUGAUCAUAGCUCUGAUAAUGGACGUAGAAGUAGGUCAAAGAAGAAGGAUAAGAGUAGGAGAGGAGACUAUUCGUCAGAAUAUAAAUCAAGUGAUGGUUCUGAAAGUGAAAGGUCUGGUGAAGAAAGGGGUGAUCGGAGAGGGGAAAUGAAUAAAUCGGAGAACAAAAAAGAAUGGGGCAUAAAAAGUGACAAAAUGGAAAAUAACCUUGACCAUAAAGGAUCUCAAUCACAAAGUUCUGAUAUUUUACGAGAAGAAAUCGGAUUGGGAUGGAUGCUUCGGCCAAAGAAUAAUUCUGAUGAGACCUCUAAUAAGUCCUCUCUUAUUGAGCCAGAAGAAGCUUCAGUUGAAGAGGUAAAGAAGGAUAAUCCUAGAGAACUGAAUCCAUACCUGAAAGAUAAUGGGGUUGGAUAUCCUGAAGAGUCUGAUGGUGUCAACGCUGGCUUAUCUACUACAGUUGUUGGUGAUGGAGGUGCUAGCUGGAGGCUUAAAGCUUUAAAAAGAUCUAAAGAGCAAGCAGCUCGUGAGGGGCGGAAUCUUCAGCAGGUUGUUGAAGAACGUUGGGGUUCUAUGGGUCAAUUUGCAGCUUCUAUGGCUUCUCGUGAUGUUGCCUCAACUCAUGCCCAUCUUCAAGCCAUAAAUCACAGGAGAAAAGGGUUGAUGAAAGAAGAAAAACAAAAUCUAGAUGAAGAAAACAAUAGCAUUGAAAAGAUCGGCAGAAAGGACAUAACCCCUCGGCAUUCUAAAAUGAAGGUGCCCAAAGUUCAUGAUUCUUUAUCAUGGGGAAAGCGUGGGAGGAACAAACUAUCAGCUGAAGAUAGUGCUCUUGUCUCUGCUGCUAUGUCUAAUUUGAAUAAGUUUUCUAAUGAUGGAAAUUUCAUGGCUGCCUUUACGAGUAAGGAGGAGAAACAUGUAGAUCAGAGUAAUUCUUCAAAUUCUGAAGCUAGAGCAGAAUCUACUUCAACUGAUUUUGCAUUUAGAGAAAAUAAAGAAGAUGUUGGAACAUCCGGGCCUCCCAUGAGUGCAAAUCAGUUGGCUGCCAAAGCAUUGCAACUUCGUAUGAAAGGAAGGCACGACGAAGCAGAAAAACUGCUGAAGGAAGCUGAUAAUAUCAAAGGAAAACAGGAUGCUGGUAAUGAAUCAAGUAGACCGAAAAUUGAUGGAACCACAAGCAGGUUUAUUAUGCAUGAUGUAUCUGCAAGGCAAAAGAGGAAAGAGGAUGAUGGUGAUUUGCAUCUAGCUCAGAGAAUCGCGCAGAAUCAACGGUACAACAUAUCUAAUCAAGCCGAUGAAGAAUAUGACUACGACGAUGGACCUCGGAAAAAGACUCGAAAGAAAGGAGGGGAUAGCAGUCGCAAGUCAUCUGAGAUAACUAAUUCGGCAAAUCGCAUUUUGACUCAGCAGGAGCGCUGCCAAUUUUGCUUUGAAAAUCCGGCAAGGCCCAAGCAUCUAGUGAUUUCCAUUGCAAACUUUACCUAUUUGUCGAUACCUCAUCAGCAACCUGUCGUCCCAGGCCAUUGUUGCAUUUUGACUUUGCAGCACGAGUCUUCCACGAGAACUGUUGAUGAUAAUGUGUGGGAUGAAAUACGGAAUUUCAAAAAAUGCUUGAUAAUGAUGUUUGCAAAGCAGGAGAAAGAUGUAGUUUUCUUUGAGACUGUAAUGGGGUUGUCACGACAAAGACGGCAUUGUUUGGUUGAGUGUGUGCCUAUGCCCCGGGAUAUUGCAAAGCAGGCACCUCUUUACUUUAAGAAGGCAAUCGAUGAAGCUGAAGAUGAAUGGAGCCAGCAUAAUGCUAAGAAGCUCAUUGACACGAGUGAAAAGGGCUUGCGCGGUUCAAUCCCCAAAAACUUCCCAUAUUUUCAUGUUGAAUUUGGACUGAAGAGGGGAUUUGUUCACGUAAUAGAUGACGAAAAAGAAUUUCAAGGCAGCUUCGGCCUCAACGUAGUCCGGGGCAUGCUAAAGCUGCCAGCAGAAGACAUGCAUCGACGUCGGAGGAAUGAGUCUGUCGAUGCACAAAUGCAAGCAGUUGCCAGUUUUGCAAAGGACUGGCAACCCUUUGAUUGGACAAAGCAACUCGACUAAAUCUGGUGAGUUUGCAGAUGUAUCGAGUUUCCUGCAAUUUGAAGCUUGUUAUCUCGUGUUAUGCUCAAAAUGGGAUGGAAUAUUAGUUGGGGAAAUAAGAUGGGAGAUAAGACUUCAUUUGUAUGGUGCUUCAUGGUUGAGUGCAAGAUUGUAUAUCACCAUUUUGUGGAUUGGUUUGGAUGUAAAUUUUUACUGUAAAAUAGAGAAUUCUACUCAUGAUA